ACAUGCCCCCCUUCCAACCCCACCCCAGCUCCGUCUCCGUGCACACUCCACGACGACCACGACCAUAUAAAAUCCACCAUGGGCUGGCUGCUGUACGCCAUGGCCGGCCUCCCCGCGCUCAUCCUCGCGCUCCACGCCAUAUCCGCACUGCUCCCACGGCGGCCGUCACAACUGAGUGCGUACCUUGCACGGCUGGUCUCGUCCAUAGUGGCGCUGCUGUUGUGUGCGUCCUACGGCGUUGUUGCGAGCAUCGUCCUGCGGCUCGUGGGCUACGGCGGCCUGAGCCAGUGGACGGUCGCGCGCGCCUUCAAGUGGACCAUGUGGGUGUUCACAGGUGUGACGUUCAGGGUCAAUGACGGCGGCAGGAUUGAAGGCGGGCGGCGGGGCGGCGAGGACGCCCUCUUGACCAGGCCCGCUGUCUUCGUGGGCAACCACCAGACUGAGCUCGAUGUGCUCCUGCUCGGCUGCGUCUUCCCUAAGUACUGCUCCGUCACGGCCAAGAAGUCGCUGCGCUUGGUGCCCGUCCUCGGCUGGUUUAUGGCCCUCUCCAAGUCCGUCUUCAUCGACCGUGCAAACCGUGCCACCGCCCGCGCAGCUUUUGAUGGCGCCGCAAAACACAUGCGCUCCGAGCGCCAGUCCGUCUUCAUCUUCCCCGAAGGAACGCGUUCCUACUCGGAGACGCCGGAGCUGUUACCCUUCAAGAAGGGCGCAUUCCAUCUCGCCAUCCAGGCCCAGGUUCCCAUUGUCCCCAUCGUGGCGGCAAACUACAGUGAUGUGCUGAAUUUCAAGAAGAGGAUAUUCAAUGCGGGCAUCAUUGAUGUGAGCGUCCUCCCCGCCAUCCCCACGACAGGUCUCACCGCAGCCGACGCCGACGCUCUGACAGCGCGCACGCGGGAUGCCAUGAUGAAUGAGCUCAUCCGCCUCUCUUACCUGGGCAAAGAGAACGGCGCUCCUCUUCCUCGAGCAACCGGAGCUGAUCUCAGUCGUGAGGAACUGAGAAAGCGAUCGUAACCAGCAUCAGUCCGCGGUGCUCUGGGCUUUCAGAUGACCAGUUUUCGCAGAGGGCUAAAAUGGUCCCUCUUUCACGAAGGAAUUAUCAAGGGAGCGUGUGGCGUGGGUUGCCUGUGGCAUCGGACUAGGACAGGAAAAUCCGGUUUCUAUUCAUGCAUCGGGUCAGCAUUGGGAUUGAGCUUAUGUUUUAUAUUUCUGCAUAUCAGCGGGGAGCGUCCAGCGGCGUUCUUGUGCUCAUGGCGCUAUUCUCGCAGCCACACCAUAGGUCGAUUGGCUGAGAGGGGCAUUGGCAUUGGAGCACAUCUAGACAGUUGGUAUUCAGUAUAAUCCUAUAAGUACGAAAUACGACGACUUCAG